GUUUCGAAAAAUAACAUUUUUAUCAGUGUAAUAAUAGUUUCAUGAAAGCGUAACGAUAAGUAACGCAUUCAGAAGGUAAAUAGAAUAAACGUCAGCGAGAAGCUGAUUAUUCUUAUUCGAGACGUGAAGCAAAGCAGUUUGGUUUUUUUAUUAGUGCGAUAGCCGAAGUCCUAAAUUUCCCAUACGAUCCGCCUUUGUCAGCCUGGAUUGGAUCAGCCAUCUUCAACCGAGGAGACUCCGGAUAAGUGGUAGAGAAAAUAACCAUGGUAUACGUCGAGCCAACGUUCCCUCGCGGUCGAAAGGCCGAUACAGCCGAGGACAACAUUCCGCGAAAAAAAGUCAAAAAGAAUGCGCGACAGGAGUAUGGAGCUUCUACCACGAAUGAGGAAAAACCGCAGAAGCCUCGUCAGAAGGAAAGACAGCAGCACAGAUUGGAGCAGAUGGAACAGGACAAGGAAGUACUAGAUCAGGGUGUCAGAGCAACUUCGCUGCAAUUCAAAACAGCUCAGGUGGGAAUGCUUGUGAUGGGAUGUGUGUAUAAGGUUCAGAAAAUGGAUCUAACGAUUUCGCUCCCUGGGCGAUUGUUCGGAACCGUACCACUGAUGGGUAUCUCGGAGGCCUACAAUAACCGUUUGCAUUGUCUGGUGCAGAAAAGCGACGAUGCCAAAGAAGAACGGUGCCCGGGAAUUGACGAGUUGUAUGAACCAGGCGAUCUGGUAUAUGUAAGGAUUAAGGAGAAACAAGAAUAUGAUAAACGAUUUCAGCUGACGCUAAACCCUAAAGAAUUGCAUAGCGAUUUUAGUCACAAGCACUUGGUGGAAGGGUUGGUUCUGAGCGCAACCAUCGAGGCAGAGGAAGAUCAUGGUUAUCAAAUGGAUGUUGGUAUAAAACAUGUUCGAGCUUUUCUGCCCACGGCAAAUGUACGGAAGAACAAGACAGAAAUCGGAGCAAACUUGUACUGUUCCAUAGAAAAAGUGACCCAGACGAAUGUUUCAGCGACUAUCAUUUUGAAAGCGUUCAAACCUAAUGAACCGAGAAAGCUAGCGAUUGAUAAUGCCAACAUUGAUUCUAUAGUGCCUGGAUCGGUAGUUACAUUUACCGUCGGUUCUGUUUUGUCGAAUGGUCUACAGGGUACAUUGUUUGAUGAUACUGUUUCAGCGUUUGUUAAUGAGAAUAUGCUGGAGAAACCACUGUCAAGGUUAAACAAUUACGAACUCUUCAGACAGAUUCAAGGACGUAUUUUGUACGUGAUGCCAAUGAGUAAGCACAUAUUUUUAACGUUGGCCAAUUUUGAUGGAAACAAAACUAUUGUCAGUGAUCCGGUUGCACCAGGAACAAUUGUUGAGGAUGCUAGAGUUCUGAACAAGGGUCCUAGUGGAGUGUGGUUUCAAAUUAGCAAGAAACAUAAAGCAUUUCUUCCUAGACACAUUAUUAGAAGUAAGCACAACGAAAAUUAUGAUGAGCAGAUCAUAAUGGCCAAAUAUCAGGUCAACUCCUUGCAUAAGGUGCGAGUUGUCCGCUACGAAGCUUUUGAUCGAACCAUUAUUGUGACGGAUGACGACAAGAUGAUUGACAUCAAGUAUUUCUCGGUGAGUGAUCUGAAGGUGGGAGAAAUCUACGACUGUCGAGUGAAUAAGGUGCUUGAUAGCAAACGAGGAUACACGGUUACGCUGGACAACGUAAAAGGCCUGCUCACGUCAUACAACUUUAUACAUCGGAAAGCACUAACGGCCAAUCAAUCGGUUAGACUUCGAUUGAUCUCCAUAGAAGAAGACCGCAGGUUGGCCCAGUUUAGCAAUCAUCCAGAAUAUUUGAAAAAAUCCGCUAGGUUGAUAACCGAUCCUAACAGUAUAAUAGUUGGGCAGUCCUACCACGGAACCGUUAUUUCAGAACAAGAUAAAUUUUUUGUCGUAGCAUUCUGCAACAAAAUUACCGGUAUUCUGUUCAAAUUUUGUCGGCAGAUUGCCCAAGAUCAAGAUAAGAUUGAAUGCUUGAAACCGGGUUCAGUGGGUUCUUUCACCGUGCACGAGGUGGCUGAAAACGGAAAGAAGAUAACCCUUUCAAUACCGUUGAACGCAGGAAAGGAAAAGCUUGGAAAUAUAACCACAGCUACAGUGACUGGUGUGUACGCUACCGGGUCUGAAAUCUACCUGGUCAAGGAGAACGAAACAGGAACAAUACUACCGGAAGCGUACUCCGACUUUCCUGCGCAUAAUCUUAUUUUCCAGAAUUUACUAAAGGAAGGUGAAAAGCUGCAGGUUGUUAACAUCAACAGCGAUAGGUACAGUUACCGGGAUGUGUACUAUUUCCGACGCAAGCCGACCCAGGUGAAGGAUGUGAAGAUUGGUCAGAUCCUGCGAGCCUACUGUGUGGAAGUAUUACCGAAGCGGAAGAAGGUAUCUCUUAGGCUAGCGCUGAAGGAUUAUUCGCGGAAGGUGUUGCUUCGAAUGAGUGAGUUCACUACCGCUCGACCCGCUAUCGGCAUGGAGGAUGGGCAGGUCGUGCUGGUUAAAGUAAUCGGAAGAAUUCCGAAGGAGGAUGGGCUGUUGUUGCGUGUUUCCGCAAAACUUGCAGAUGUGUGCACGCAGGGCGUGGAUGAGGUGCUAAGAUACAUGCACUCGUACCUGGUGGAUGUCGAGAGGUUGCUUGAAAGAUUCAAAUCUCGCGAUAAGGCGUUCGCUCGAUAUACCGUUGGGCAGACGGUCACAUGUAUCGUUGAAGGUUUCGUCGAUGAUGCUGACGAACAGACGAUGAUCGUACAGCUGACUGAUAGCAAUGAAAGCAUCGUGAAAGGGAUUGCUUCUAAGGACCCCAAACAUGGCAACUACCUCGUUGGCGAUCAACUGGAGGGCCGUGUCGUUUGGGUAGAUAUAGAGAGGCAGUUGGUGAACGUGUGUGUGGUGAAGAAACAUUUGAAGCAUGUGGUCGACGCAGAUACAUGGGAGCCGUCCAGCGAAUUACUAGAUGUUGAUUCGCCACAGGAUUUUGUAACAUUGUUCAAAAACGAUCAAGUCGCGGUUGGAUGUUUACGUAAAGUAGAUUGUCCACUGGUGAUUGUUCCACUCAAGUGUCACUAUAAUGAUUUCGAUCCGGUGGAUAUUGCGCCAAAGACUCGUGUGGUUCUGAUGCGAAAGGGCAAUGGUUCACUACAUGCGGUUACAGCGGAAAGCUAUGAGAAAUUCAAGGAUUUGAAAGGAUCAGAAACUAUAAUCAGGAAGAAAGAAUUCAAGCAUUGCUGGCUACCGGAUGACUAUGAGGAACCUUUGUUGGAGGAGCCCUUAUCCGAGAAAGAUAAAGAGCAAAGUCACAGCGAUUCUGGUAUUGAUAAAGAUGAUGAGACAGUUGAUAAUACAAUUACGGUUAAAUCCACUAAAAAAUCAAAGAAAAAACUACAGAAACCAGUUAAGGAAAAGCUUCUGAAGGCCAAAUCUGUUGCCUCUCCGGGAAAGAUCUUAAAGUUGGACAGCAAAAAGAAGACAAAAUCAGCCGCUAAGAAAUUAAGAGAAAAAAUGCCUUUGAUCAUCAGCCAACUGGACGGGGCCGAGGAUUUUCCCAGAUUCAAGGAAAGCAAAUCAAACAAAGGUAAAAGUCAUAAGUCUUUUUUUGGAUCGCGCCCGGCUGCUAAAGCUUCAAACACAGCAAGCAGCCAGUCGGGCACAAAGCAGGUUCAGAAGCAGCCGAACGGUCAUCUUGAGAAAAAAGACAAGCUACACCAGUUAGCACAGCAAACAAAGUUUAAGAAAAAGAACAAGCUAAAAAUAUCAGGUGAAGCCGGUGCCAAUGUUGUACUAGAAAAACUUCCAGGGCCUUCCAAUUUCUGGAGCUCCAAACCGACCGUUGACGAACCAUCAAACUCUGAUUCCAGCGAUGAGGAAAUGCAGAUGGAAACCAUACCGAAGAAACGUUCCACCGCUAAGGAACGUUUCGAUGCCAUGAAACAGGAGGAAAAACGAAUCCGCCAGAUUGAAGAAGAACUAGCGGAUGCUUCGGUGGAUCCUCACACGCCGGAUCAAUUCGACCGGUUAGCCCUAGCCCAACCAAACAGCAGUCUUCUCUGGAUUCGCUACAUGGUCUUUCACAUGGAAUCGGCCGAGAUAGAGAAGGCUCGUGCCGUUGCUCGAAAAGCUUUGAAAACUAUCAACUUCCGGGAGGAAGCUGAACGCUUGAACGUAUGGAUUGCAUUGCUCAAUCUCGAGCUUCGCUAUGAAACGAUCGAAUCUUUUAAAGAAGUGCUACAGGAAGCUAUUCAAUACAACGACAGCUACAAGGUAUACUCUCGGGUUAUAGUAAUUUUGAUCGAAUGUGGUAAAGUUCCCGAGGUUCUUGAGCUGAUCGACACAUUGCAGAAAAGAUUCCGGAAGCAAUCGGAAAUGUGGCUGCUGAUAGCUGAUUGCUACUAUAAAAUAGGAUACACGUCAAAGGUGAAACCACUGCUCAGCAAAGCGCUCAAGUCGCUAGAAAAUAAAGAACAUAUCCCAUUGAUAGUGAAGUUCGCCUUCUUGCAUAAUCGCAACGGGGACCGGGACGAAGCGCACCUGCUCUUUGAGCAGAUACUCACAUCCUAUCCCAAGCGGACCGAUAUUUGGUCCCAGUACGUGGACAUGUUGGUAAAGGACGGUCUUAUCGAAGCGGCCAGACAGACACUAGAUCGUGCCAUUAUCCAGCGACUUCCGAUGAGAAACAUGAAAACCCUCUACACUAAGUAUGUUGCAUUCGAGGAAAAACACGGCAACCAGGAAUCGGUGAAAAAGGUGAAACAAAUGGCUGCGGAUUAUGUUAAGCAGCAGCUUAAAGCCAGUGGGGUGGUGGCUAAUUAGUGACAGUCGAACGAAAGGAGCGUCAUGUUAUUCUGUACAAGAUAUUGCAUUCUUUAUGACUAUCAAUAAAACGUUUAAUUUCAAAAUUAGAAACACCGGCACAAUGUAUUCUCCGUAAGAUCGUCUGGUUCACAAUUUCACUUGAAAUGGCAUGUUCUAAUUCUUGUCGGAAAGUUAACUACUAUUUGAAUUCUUUAAUUUACAAGUCAAGAUCCCCAGAGAACAGAUGUCCAUCUCGUGUGUUGAAUUUUUAUAAAAUAUCAGUGGAAAAAAGUAGCAAAACGUCGAAAAUUCGCAUAAGUGGUGACCACUAAAGACUAAAGACAACAAUCGCGUGCUAUCGCACUCGAUUAGAUUCGCCCGCCCGGCAAGGCGCCUGCAGGCCGAUACCGAUAAAUUACUACUGCGGGUCAAAGUAAAUCAAUCACGAGCAAAAAAUCAGUGCGCUAGCAAUUUGCAAAUCAUUUGAAAUGUUUACUCGAAGCAACGCCAGUGAGUGAAAAGCGAAAAAGUCUUUCAGUUGACUGUAACCGCAAUAGUUCGACCAAAUAGAGAUUAAUUAAAACGGAAAUUAAAGUGCCAAUGAGCAAUCGA